UGCAACCUAGCUAGAUAGGUAACAAAAUAAUAUGUUCGAUGUGUGAACUGUGAAACAAAACUGAUAAUGUUUUAUUAAGUUAUACUCAUGGAUAUUUUUAAUUCCAUGGAAAAUUUCUCAAGAGUAGAAAAGAUCGGUGAAGGCACAUAUGGCGUAGUAUAUAAAGCUAAGGACCGUUUAACGGGACAAGAAAUUGCUCUGAAAAAGAUUAAACUAGAAAAUGAGCCAGAAGGUGUCCCUUCCACUGCUCUGCGGGAGAUCUCCGUGCUACGCUCACUGCAGCACCCGGCGGUGGUGCAGCUACUGGAUGUGCUGCUUACAGACAAUAAGCUAUUCCUUGUCUUUGAGUUCUUGCACAUGGACCUCAAGAGGCUCAUGGAUUUGACAAAAGGCCCUUUGCCCAUGGACUUAGUUAGGAGUUACCUGCGCCAGCUGCUGGACGGGCUGGCCUACUGCCAUGGGCGACGGGUUCUGCACCGCGACCUCAAGCCGCAGAAUCUGCUGGUGGACGCCGAGGGCCGCAUCAAGCUGGCCGACUUUGGGCUGGCGCGCGCCUUCGCCAUCCCCGUGCGCGCCUACACGCACGAGGUGGUGACGCUGUGGUACCGCGCGCCCGAGAUUCUGCUCGGGGCCAAGUUCUACUCCACGGCCGUGGACGUGUGGAGCCUCGCCUGCAUCUACUGCGAAAUGGCCAGCGGCCGCACGCUGUUCCCAGGCGACAGCGAGAUCGACCAACUGUUCCGCGUGUUCCGCGCCCUGGGCACGCCGGGCGAGGCGCUGUGGCCGGCGGCGCGGCGGCUGCCAGACUUCCGCGCGGCGUUCCCGCGUUGGCCGCCGCGGCCGGCGCGCGCGCUGCUGCCGGCGGCCGCGCGCGCGGACGCCCGCGUCGCGCCUCUGUUCGAGGCGAUGCUGCGCUACGAGCCCAGCCAGCGGCUGGCGGCGCGCGCGGCGCUGCAGCUGCCCUACGUAGCCGAAGCGGCCCGAGUGCGCCCCGACCUGCCCAUCUGACCACCCCGAACUCCGACUAUUGUAAAUACUUAUUUUCUAUACUUUAAUAUAAUGCAGAUUAAAUCUUUUCUAAUUA